AUGUCUCGAGCUGCACGCAACAAAAAGCUGCCAGGAGCUGAGUUUGCCUGGAAGUCGGAGGGCGGUGGAGAAGUAGACACCUCGCCGACGCCACUAUUUCCUAAAUACGUUCUACCUGUCCCUAGCAAAUUUACCGAGUCUGAAAUAUCGGGAGCACAGCGGUAUCGUCAAUUACGGGAGAAAUUUCAUGAUGGACCCUUCUACACUGUUCUUAGCGCGCAGCCGUCAUACGGGAAGAAAGGUGUGCCGGUUCGCGCGCAAUUCGAUCCAUUCCAGGGAAUGGCAUCGUAUGGACAAAGAUAUAUGAAAAAAUCGAGGACAUUGCCAAAACUUAGCGCAGUACCAUUCGAAAUGAACUUCUUCCCAAAGGAGCUAUGGUCAACACUUGAUCCAAAGUACGUUGGCUUACCUGGAUCAUUUUCUAAUGGUGCCGGAACGUUUUCCAAAGCUACACAAAAACGAGGCUUUGAGGAAGACGAAGACGACGACGAGGAGGAUGAAAGCCGCCGAAAGAAGCGGGUUAUAGCUGAAGAAGACGAUGAAGGCUCUGAUUCGGGUGGUAAACGACGGACGAACGCCCGUGAAGGCGAGGAGGUAUUAGAGGAUGACGACGACGACGGCGAGGAGGAGAUAGUGGAUGAUGAUUACGAAGAAGACGAGGAAGAAAUGGGUGGGGAUUAUAAUGCCGAACAAUACUUUGACGGCGGCGAUGAACUUGGCGACGGGUUUGAUGAAGGCGGAGGAGAAGAUAAUGAUGUUUACUGA